AGGCAACCCCUAAAGGAAACAGCUGCUAGAAGUUUUCAAAUACGUAACACACCCCUUUUACGUACAUAUGAUGUGCACAUGCUCUUGGCCAAGUGUGGGGAAAAAAAAAAGACACACUAUGAGGUAAGCUCAUCGCUUCAGUUUGCUGCUGAGAAACAAGUUCAACAGGUGCAGAAGCAACCGAAGGGCGCAGUCACAACGUUCACAGGAUCUGAGUAAUCGUGUGUCUCUGCGCUGGUUUUGCUUUCAAAAACAUGGACGAGUCAGCAAGAAGGAUUGUGGUCCUGGGAAAAACUGGAGCUGGAAAGAGCAGUAUUGCCAACACCCUGUGUGGGGAGCCUGUGUUUAAAGUAAAUCAUACUCCGAAAUCUGGAACAAAGGAAUGUCAAUCAAAGUUCAUAUCUAUCAGUGGAAAAACUGUCCACUUUAUUGACACUCCUGGAUUUUUUGACACAGACAGAUCUGAGGAGGACAUGAAGUCUGAAAUAUUGAGGUGUAUCACAGAAUGUGCUCCUGGUCCUCAUGUUUUUCUCAUUGUGCUUAAAGUGGAGAAAUACACAGAGCAUGAAAAAGGUGUGAUAGAGAAAAUGAGCCAAUAUUUCUCAGAUGAAACAUUUAGAUUUACUACAAUAAUCUUUACUCACGGUGACCAGCUUCCUGAGGGAAUGAAGAUCGAAGAGUUUGUUAAUGCAAGUGAAGCUCUAAGCAAUCUGAUCAAGAAGUGUGGGGGGCGCUGCCACGUCAUUGAUAAUAAAUACUGGACGAACAAACAGGGAGAUGAAUACAGGACCAACCAGUACCAAGUGGCAGAAUUACUAAAAACCAUUGACAACAUUAUUGAUGCAAACAAAGGAGGUUACUUCACCCAUGAGAUGCUGCAAAAAGUGAAGAGAGAAAUUCAACAAGAGGAAGGCUGCAUCAAACAGUCAUCUCCAGACUUUACAGAAGAGGAAACUGCAACAAAGGCAAAACAGUCUGUGGUUAAAAAUCUGUUGUCAAAAGCUGUUGGAGUUACAACAGUGGAUCUGUUAGGUGCAUUCCUUAGUGGGACGAUACAAUUAGGGAAAGAAGACAGCACCGUAGGUUUAGUAGGAGUAGGAGUAGGAGUAGCAUUGGGAAUAGCAGCUGCAGCAAAAGUAGCUAAAAACAAUGCAGCAACAUCAUCUAACACAGUUCCUGCUGCAUCUGCAGAGCCAGCAGCCAAAUAAAAUUAGGACUACCACGUUUGACAGACAUGAAACUGAUGCACAGUGACGAAGCAAAGAAAGCAGAAUACAGCAUUAAAGCACUCUGUUUAUUUUUGUAACGUAAAAACAGGUUAGAAAUAAAAUAUCAGAAGUACCUUUACAAUCCACAGAUGUACAGGAUCAGCAUACUGUAUAUUGCUAGGAAACUGGGCACAGCUACUCACAUUCACCUUCAUAAGUUGCCAUCAUAGAGUCAUUAUUAAAACUGUUGAAUGAGAAAUUUUGGAAUCCUUUUGUUCAUCAUGAUUGGAUUUCUGUAUUUUCAGACUUUACCCAUGAAUAUGUCCAUUACUCCAGCUUAAAAUAAUCUCUGGGUAUUACCACAGAUCCAUAACUGUCAAAUAGCAUUUGCUUCUGUUUCAUGAUGUUCUCUUUGCUACAAAUCUUCACUAAUAAAACAACUAAUCAUUUCACAUGUAA